CGGAAUAAUAAUAACAAUCUCGCGAUCCUUGACAUGCUGACAUUGACAUUUAGCAUAUGCUUCACAGAUUCAAUUCACAUUCAUUUGAGGAUUUGAGGUGAUUUGAGCUUAAUUUGAAAUGGCAGUAACAGAAGAUAUACUCCAUUCGAAAGAAAUAGCCACGAGUGCGAAAGAAAAAACGGAUGAUGUUGUUGUGUGUGAAGAUUUAGGUGACAGUGAUGAUAGCAGUGGCCACAACUCACGAGUGUUAUCAACAGUGUCGGGGGCACUCAACAGAAAUACUACCACUUUAUACGAGCAGGUAGCAGUUACAAAUUCAGAGAAUGUCCAGUUUGGCAACAACACUUAUUUUAAUGGACCUGUUACUAUAAAGCAAAUUGUUCAAAACUCAGGUCUCGAAAAUGACUCUUACGUCAAAACUGAAGAUGAAAAGCCCAAAAAUACCUUGGGCAAUGAUAUUUCUAAAGGCAGAGAUGUGUCUAAGCGUAAAUUUAGUUUCCAAAUAUGGCACAUUUUAGUUUUAUUAUUCGGAUGUCUGCUGCUAAUUGGAGUGGUAUGCUCUAUAUUACUAUCACCCAGUACCAGUGACCUUGUUGAUGCAUACAAUCAAUAUCCAAUCACUGAUUUGUAUCCAGGAAAUUCAACAGAAAUAUAUGCAGUGGUGAUGGGUUUUUGCUAUAUUUAUCUUACAUUGAUACUGACAAUGCCACUAAUAUAUUUCAUGGUUUAUAUAACAAAAUGGUGGAAUCAUUCAAGGCACAAAACCAAAUCAGAUUUUGAUUCUGUGUACUUUAUUAAAGGAGAUCCUUUGAUCAUAGCACCAUUUCAUCUGAGAGUUGUGCCGCGCUCUGAUUGGCUGGCUCAACCUCCGACCGGUGUACUGGACAAGAUCAGUAGCCCAAUACCGUGGGUGAUCAUCUCACACACCGCUACAGAAGGAUGCCAAAGCCAGAGCGAGUGCGUGCUGCGCGUGCGCAUCAUCCAGGACUACCACGUGGAGUCGAAGAAGUGGUUCGACAUCGCCUACAACUUUCUGGUCGGCGGCGACGGGUCAGCCUACGUCGGCCGCGGCUGGGACUACAUCGGCUCACACACUAAAGGCUACAACAAACUAAGCCUCGGCAUAGCCUUUAUAGGCACAUUCACCACCGAAGCACCGCCGCAGCAGCAACUCGAUGCUUGCAAAAAGCUAUUGAGAAUAGGUGUAGAAACCGGUAAGUUGGCCAAAGAUUAUAAACUGCUGGCGCACAGACAACUCAUGUCGACGGCGAGCCCAGGAGACAAGCUCUAUGAUAUUAUCAAGGAAUGGCCGCAUUUUGUUAAAGACAGCAAAGAAGUGGAGGCGUUGUUUGCCAACUGAGUUUUGGAGGGAUAAGACUGCUUA